AUGGCCCCCCCGCAAAAAGGAUUCUCGUGGUCGAACAUUGCCGUUGGCGCGGCCAUGAACAUGUUUGAGGUUACGACCCUGGGUCAACCUUUCGAGGUGAUCAAGACCCAGAUGGCGUCGAACCGUAGCCAGUCGAUGGCGCAGGCGCUGAGCACGGUCUGGAGCCGUGGCGGCGUUUUGGGCUUCUACCAGGGUCUGAUUCCUUGGGGAGCCGUCCUGCUCUUUACCUCGACCGAGGUGCAAAAAGUGGCCAAGACCUUUGGUCUCGGCCCCGGUGCGGCUGGUCUCGCCGGUGGUAUGACUGGUGGUAUUGUCCAGGCCUACGCCACCAUGGGCUUCUGUACUUGUAUGAAGACGGCCGAGAUCACCCGUGUCAAGCAGAUGCAGGCCGGUGAAAAGCCCAAGUCGACUUGGGCCGUCUUUGCUGAUAUCUACCGCAGGGAGGGUAUCCGUGGUAUUAACAAGGGUGUGAAUGCCGUUGCCGUGCGUCAGUGCACGAACUGGGGUAGCCGCAUGGGCUUUGCCCGCCUUGCCGAGGCGCCUGUCCGCAAGAUGGCGGGCAAGUCAGAGAAAGACAAGCUGUCGCCGAUGGAGCGCAUCCUCUGCUCGUCGAUCGGUGGCGCUCUUGCUACCUGGAACCAGCCGAUCGAGGUUAUCCGUGUCGAGACCGCCGCCGAGCACCGUCCUGCCAAGCCUACGAUUAUGAACACGGCUGCAUACAUCUACAAGGAGAACGGUAUCAAGGGCCUGUACCGCGGUGUGAGCCCCCGUAUUCUUCUGGGUGUGUGGCAGACGGUCUGCAUGGUUUCCUUUGCCGACACCGUACGCGACUGGAUGGGCACGAGCAGCCACUAA